AUGGCAGGGGCCCCAGCAGCAGGGCCGCGGGCUCGUGUAAAGAGCAGCAGCAACUACAGCCGCAGCGACAGCAGCAGCAGCAGCAGCAACUACAGCAGCAGCAGCAGCAGCAGCAGCCUGAACUACAGAAGCAGGAGCAGCAAAGACAUAAGCCGAAGCAACAGCAGCAGCAGCAGCAGCAGCAGGCUUGACACCACCAACGAGCCCAAAAAAUGCAGCACCACCACGAGCAUCGUUAGGAGCAGCAGCAAGACCAGCAGCAGCAGCAAGAGCAGCAGCAGCAGCAGCAGCAGCAGCAGCAGCUCUCCAUCAGGCUCGUCGUUUAGAGCAGCAGCAGCAGCAGCAGCAGCAACAGGUCCUACAGCAGCAGCAGCAGCAGUAGCAGCAGCAGCAGGAGAGGGGCAGAAGGAAGCUUGUGUAUCUUUGGCAUUUUUACGGCAUAUACCUCUAUUAAGGGUUUUUUUACCUGAUGGGGGUUUAGGGUUUAGGGUGGAUGAAUUGAAUUUUCUUGUAAUUCCCGGUCUGCUGGUGCUGCGGGCAUUUUGCCCACAAGUGUUUAUUAUGUCUAUCUUUGACGGACUGCAGCAGCUGCCAAUAAUAGGGGGUUGGUUGUCUGCUGCUGCUGCUGCUGCAGCAUAUAACUGCAGCACCUUCUUUGUACCCCAGCAGCAGCAGCAGCAGGUUAUGCUGCUGCUGCACCAGCAACUCACCAUCGGGUUCUGCGUGCUCAUUGUUUCCGUUGCUUUCUGCAUCUAUCAGUCAUCUAGGCUGUUGAUAAAAUUGAUGUCUCGCGAGCAUCUGCCGCGGUUUAUUCCCGGCCUUUGUUUCUUUGCCGCAACAUUUUAUUUUUCUCCUCCUUUAGGAAUUCAAAUAAUUUGUUUUUCUCUUCUUUGUCUUGAGCUUAUUGCUGCUAGACUUCGUCUACAUGUGCAUUUUCCUGAUCUACUGCCUCUGUCGGUGCUGCUGCUGCCGCGGCGGAGGCUGUUGCUGGCGUUGUUGGAGCUGCAGCGGCCGCAGCAGCCGCUGCAGCAGCAUACUGUUUUUGCUGCGCCUCUUUGGCAAGCUUGCGUUCCCUUCGAGCCCUCGCGAGCCUCUCAGCAGCAACAACUGCAGCACAGCAGCAGAGUAUAUUCAAACCAACAAUUCACCGGGGCCACCCAGCAGCAGCAGCAGCAGCAGCAGCCGCAGCAGCAAGACAAAGCAGAGCGGAGCAGCAACAAAACAGCAGAGAAUACAACCAAGCCCCCAUAUACACCAGAACAACAACAACAGCAACAGGAACAACAACACCAGCAACACCACCACCACUAG